AUGGCCGCCGCAGCUGCAGCAGCUCGCCCCCUCGUCACCGUCCAAACCCUAGAUGGCGACAUGGCCACUGACCAGUCCCAAACCGUCGCCUUACCGGACGUCAUGAAAGCGUCCAUCCGCCCAGACAUCGUCACCUUCGUCCACGCAAACAUCUCAAAGAACAGCAGGCAACCCUACGCCGUUUCGAAGAAGGCCGGCCAUCAGACCUCCGCCGAGUCUUGGGGUACCGGACGCGCCGUCUCACGUAUCCCACGUGUCCCCGGCGGCGGGACCCACCGCGCUGGGCAGGGAGCAUUCGGAAACAUGUGCCGUGGUGGUCGCAUGUUCGCUCCCACCAAGAUCUGGCGCCGCUGGCACCGCAAGAUCAACGUGAACCAGAAGCGAUAUGCCAUCGUUUCGGCCAUUGCCGCAUCAGCCGUGCCCUCCCUGGUUUUGGCCAGGGGACACAAAAUUGAGACCGUCCCGGAGCUUCCCUUGGUCGUCAGCGACUCCGCUGAGGGCGUUGAGAAGACCUCGGCGGCUCUGAAGCUUCUGAAGCAGAUCGGGGCUUACGCUGACGCCGAAAAGGCCAAGGACAGCCACGCGAUCCGACCCGGAAAGGGGAAGAUGAGGAACCGGAGGUACAUCAACCGCAAGGGCCCGCUCAUUGUGUAUGGAACUGAAGGGGCCAAGCUGGUGAAGGCCUUCAGGAACAUUCCUGGCGUCGACAUUAUCAAUGUCGAGAGGCUUAACCUGCUUAAGCUCGCUCCAGGUGGGCAUCUGGGUCGUUUUGUCAUCUGGACCAAAUCGGCUUUUGAGAAGCUGGACUCGAUUUACGGGUCAUUUGAUAAGGUUUCGGAGAAGAAGAAGGGCUACGUGUUGCCCAGGUCGAAGAUGGUGAAUGCUGACUUGGCAAGGAUUAUCAACUCUGAUGAAGUUCAGUCUGUGGUUAGGCCAAUCAAGAAGGAGUUCAAGAGGGCGCCUCUGAAGAAGAACCCAUUGAAGAAUCUCAACACUCUUCUGAAGUUGAACCCUUACGCUAAAACUGCUAGGAGGAUGGCUCUUUUGGCCGAAGAGCAGCGGGUGAAAGCUAAGAAGGAGAAGCUUGACAAAAAGAGAAAGCCCAUUUCAAAGGAGGAGGCAUCUACUAUCAAGGCCGCAGGAAAAGCUUGGUAUAAAACUAUGAUCUCUGACAGUGAUUACACAGAGUUCGAGAAUUUCACAAAGUGGCUGGGUGUGUCCCAGUAA